AGUAUCAAACAUCCCCUCUUUCUUUUUUAACUGCCGCGAUUCAUUCAGAUCCUGAAAUUCCCGAAACUGCACAACAAAAAAGAGCAAAAAUGCUUUCUUUCCGGCGAAAUCUAUCUAGCCUCAUCCUAACCGUUCAUAUUCUUUCAAUUUGGAUCGUCGGAUUCGCGUCUCGAGAAAUCAGGCCUUCGGACCAUGGCCUGCCGUAUCAGAAGUCGCCCGAAGCGGAGUCCCCCGAGAUGGUGUCGUUUUUCAACGUGCCGUCGUCUGACGUGGCGAGGAAUCGGAGCAAUCCGCACGAGGCGUGGCCCAUGGAGUUUGGUCACGUGACUGAGAAGGAGGGAAGUCACGUGUGGGAGGUGGUGGUGCUUGCAGGGAUCUUGGUUCUCGGAGUUGUUGGGGUAGCUCUGCUCGUCGCUGCCGCAUUCAUCUAUCUAUCUCAGACACGGAGACCAGACAAAUGCUAAAAGCGAUGCGCGCGGGGAUAGGAUCUUCGCGGCGCAUGUGCUGACAUGGCAUACGUAUGUGAGAUCCAGACCGUUCAUUAAGUGAGGCCCACCGCUAAAGUUCCGAUCACAAAAGAUCUGGCCGUUCCACUCAUCAAAGAAUGCUACGCAUGCUGGCUCGCUUGAGAUGACGAUUUCGUGGAUCAUGCGCAAAUGUGGGAUCAUGCACACAUGUAUGUUGAAUAUGAUUAGUUGGUUGAUAUCUUUGAACCGUCCAUUUCUUUUUAACAGAAAAUUACGUUGGUUGGAUAAUCUCCACCGUCUAAUUUUGAUCAGUGAAUUUUAGACCAGAGACCCCUCUGACAUUUUUUCCAUAUAUUUCGUGUCAACAAUCGGACAACUCGGAUCGUCCGAUCAAUUUUAUUUUAUUGCUAUAUUUAUUCAUGAUAGGGCCGAUGAUUUGGACGGUCCAGAUUAGUCA